UUUGACACAAAAUGGCAUUCCAGAGGCGACUAGUUUCCAGCAACGAUCCAACGCGUGACAGCCUCAGUUCCUCUGUCUGUUGUCGAAACUGUAAGCAGUAAACGCAGCUGGCUAAUUUCCUGCUAAGUUAAGUUCAAUGAAAGCGAAAUUCACGGGCGCUUGCAGUCACCGGAGUCUACAUUUUUUUUCUUCUCGGUUGACUAACAAGGUAAUAUCAUUCAUUAAAGUGUGAUGAGCCAGUUGCUGAAAUUUUAAAAGGAGCUUCGACAGUUACUACAAAUAAGAUCGAUGGCCAGUCUUACGGAUUACCUGAAGGAGGUCAGGGGUCGGGCGGAGGUCUGUCUGUCAUCCACAGGCUCCGCCCCUGACGUGCAGUCCAUCGUGCAGGAGAUGGCGAACAUCCCCCUCCCCCUCUUGGCCAAGUACCGGCUCCUUAACGUGGCAGAGUUGUUGAGAGAGAACUGUGCUGGGCCAGACAGGAAGGAGAGCAUAGCCUCCCUUCUGAGGGCCUUGAGCAUCCUGGAGAAGUACGGCUUUAACCUGGCCAACCCCAAACGGCCAAAGUAUUGGCGCACAGUCAAGCACAACAAUCCCAUCUUCAGGACCACCGUUGAUGCCAUCAAGGGUGGCCGAGUUGCAUUGCAUCUGUAUGGCUACACCAUUCAGGAGUCAGAUGGUCUCAGCUUCCCUGAUGAUGUCACAGAUCCUGAUAUUGAGAAGGUUGCCGCGGUGACUGUGGAGAUCAUGGCCUUGCAUACGGAGCUGGAAUUGUUUAUCAAGGACACUCACCAACACCCAGAAUUUCUUGAGAGAAUUCUUACUGGCCAGCAGGGGGCAGCAUCUGCACAGGAAAAACCUGCGCUGGUCAGGGAGGACCCCGCCUCCAGUGAGAAGCAACAGUUGGAGAGCAAGACCAAGCCCUGUAAGCCCCCCGUUCCCCCGAAACCCACUGAGAAGCCGGGAACAACUCCAGCCCUCCCAACCCCCGCUGCUCACACAGGAGUGGUCUGCUCUUUGUGUGGCAGCAGUCCCUCUUUCUGUUGUCCUUCCUGUAAAUCACAGUUCUUCUGUGAGAAAUGUGAUGAAAUUUUCCAUCGCCACCCAGACAGAACCAAUCACACGAGAGAUAAAAUCCUGGCCCUAAAACCAGACAAUUGCCCCAUCUGUGGAACCUGCCCAGCCUUGGCUUAUUGUCCUAAGUGCGCCCAGGGGUUGUGUUUGGAAUGUGACGAACGGUACCACACCCACCCAGACCGGAAGGACCACCAUCGAAUCCAAACAGGUGGUGGCACACCCCCGAACCCCAUCAGCCCUGCCAGCAUCCUUGAGCCAGAUGCCACCUGCAAACGCGCCCGCCUUUCCAGUGCUGCCCCCGCUGUCCUGGAGGAGUCAUCGCAGCCAGUCUCCAUUGCAGAAUGGCAGUGUCAGAGCUGCACUGUGAUGAACUCAGGGAGCAGCGUUUUGUGCUCGGUGUGUGAGCGCCCCCGCCUGGCCACCCGCCCCCCCGCAGCGCCCCAGCAGCUUUCCUCGCCGGUCUGCGAGACGUCCCAGAUCCCUGGCAAGCAGUGGACGUGCCAGGCCUGCACCUACGUCAACUCCGCCCCCUCCACGGACUGCGAGGUGUGUGACUCGCCCCGGUCAGGCGCUGCCGGCUCCGCGGCCAAACUCCCCACGCCGACGCCCGUCCGCGACUUCGUCCCGCCGCCCGUCCAUCCCGUGGCCCCGCCCAGGCAGGACUUGGAUUUGACGAGGCAGAGAGUGAUGAAGGAGGAGGGUCUGAAGCUUAUCCAGCACAUUCGGGAGGGCGACAAGAAGGGAGUGAGCCCGGAGGAGGUGUACGCGGCCAUAUGCGUUUCCAGGGGCAGCAACGUGAACCCCUGUGAUUGGCUGGAGUCUGAGCUGCCCCACCUCCUGGAUGAAAUCUGUGCCAUGGCAGCCUCUCUUCAGCAGGACUACAAAACAGGGGAUUCUGGGCCACUGGGGGAGUUACAGGGCCCAGCUGACCCAGCUGUGCAGCUGUCCAGGGCCGAAGCCAAGCAGGCCUGGGUGGCAGCAGGUGGCGACACUGAGAAAGCCGUUAAGCACCUGCUGAGGAGCAGACGCGCCAAGGUGCGGGAGCUCCGCUCUCUGGGCUUCGUGGAGGAGGCCGCGUGCGAGGAGGCGCUGAGGCUGAGCGGCGGGGACCUGCAGGGUGCGCUCGCCCUCCUACAGCGCCCCCUGAUGGAGGCCUUCCACCAGCGCGUGUGGAGCAAGGAGCCACCGGCCAGGAUCGACCCCCACCACCCGGACAAGCAGUGGCUGUGCCGGCGGCUGCUUGCACUGUAUGACCUGCCCAGCUGGGGGCGCUGUGAGCUGGUCCUGUCCCUUCUGCAGGAACCUGAGGUCCAGUACAGCCUGGAGGACGUGCUGCAGGUUGUCAGAGAGUCGUCGGACCGAGACUUCAUCAAACGCACCCUCAAUAACGAGUGUCCCGUCUGUACGGAAUCCUUUCCCAAAAACAAGAUGGAGCCUCUGACCGCCUGCGAGUGCUCGGUGUGCUGCGAAUGCUUCCGGAUGCACUUCACCAUCGCGGUGCGAGACAAGCACAUCAGGGACAUGGUGUGUCCCGUCUGCGGCGAGCCCGACAUCAACGACCACGAGCGCCUGGAAGUGUACUUCUCCGUCCUCGACGCCCAGUUGAGGGAUUGCCUGGAGAAAGAGGUGUAUGAGCUCUUCCACAAAAAGCUGACGGAGCACGCCCUCAUGAAGGACCCCAACUUCCGCUGGUGCACCCACUGCUCCUUCGGCUUCAUCUACGACGGGAUCCAGCUGAAGGUCCAGUGCCCGCAGUGCGACGAGAGCUUCUGCUCCAAGUGCAGGAAGCCCUGGGAGCCUCAGCACACAGGCCUUACGUGUGAACAGUUCCAGACGUGGAAGAGGGAGAAUGACCCGGAGUACCAGAGACAGGGCCUGGUGGGGUACCUGCAGGACAAUGGCAUCACCUGUCCGGGUUGCAAGUUCCAGUAUGCACUCAGUAAAGGAGGCUGCAUGCACUUCAGCUGCUCUCAGUGCAGAUACCAGUUCUGCAGCGGCUGCAACAACCCUUACCACAAGACGGCCUGUGAGGGGUGCACUAUGACGGGCCUACAUGCUCACCACCCCCGGGACUGCCUCUUCUACCUGAGAGACUGGGAGCCAGAAAGACUGCAGGCCCUGCUCCAGAUGAACGCUGUGGCGUUCAACAUAGACCCUCCAAAUGGAGCUGUGGCAGGGGAGUGUGGAGUGAUGGAGCAGAAGGAGGAUGGUGAUCGACAGGUAGACUCCGCCUGUGGACUGAAAGCUGAGCCUGGGCAGGCAGGCCUCUGCCAGAAGCACUACGGAGAGUACCUGGUCAGCCUCAUCAACGGCCACUCCAUUGACCCCGCCACGCUCUUCGAUGGGAAGGAGGUGCGGGUGGCGUGUCGGAGAUACGGUGUCGACGUCCCUCAAGGAGAGGCGGAGGAGGAGGAGGCCUACAUUGCCCGACUGAAGGAGAAACUGAUGAGUGACGUCCCCCUGGGAGACAAGGUGCCUCGGAUGAAAUGAAGAAUGAAAGCAGCCCCUUAAAAAAAAAACAGCUUUAACGGGGCAUUGUGUAUCCAGAACAUCCACGGUGUCCGGACAGAGUGUGUGUGUGUGUGUGUGUGCAUGUGUGUGUGUGUGUGUGUGUGUGUGUGUGUGUGUGUGUGUGUGGGGGGGGGGUGGAUACCAAAUGAUUAGCUUACAAGGGGGUGGGGUGGGGGGGAAUACCAAACAAUUAGCUUACAAGGGGGUGGGGGGGGGGGAUUACCUCCUUGCUGUACCUUUCAUUAUCAUUUACAUUAAUGGCCAGACUGUAUGAAUGGAAAAGCAUGGGCAGCCGGCUGUUAAAUCUGCACCAUGGAACAGAAUGAACUUGGGUUUCGAUUAGCGAUUGGGAGCUUUUGACCUCCGUCUAAUUCGCUUUCCUAUCUUAUCACUUAAAAUGACCUUGUAAUGAAAACUAGACAAACCCUCAAAAAAAAAAAAAACACUUUUUGCACCGAAUGUUCACAUUUUUGAUUAUUGCAGACUGCUGAUUUUUCGCCAUUAAAAUGUUUCAUAUAUGGAUGCCUUCUGGGUAGAGUUCAAAACUGUCAAAACUUUUUUGCAAAUGUCUCCUGGUUCUCCCACUUGGAGGCAAGGAAAGGCAUUUUUGUACUGUUUUAUUGAAUGGUUUUGUUUUAUUUGAUAUUAUUAUAUUAUUAUAUAUUAUUAUAUAUUUCUGAUUAUUUUAUUUGCCGGAUCACAACAUCAAUUUACACUAAUACGGCAUUACAAUGAAAAGGACAGUUCCUCUUGUGGGUUUCGUGGUUUCAUAUGUUUCUUCAGUUAUUGGUCUGAUUCUGUCUGAUUUUAUCAAUCAAAGUGCUGUUGAUUCAGUCGUUUUGAUGCAGCAGUGGGCUGCUGUGUUCAGUGGCAUCAUUAAAAGUCAUACUGGUCCUGA